CUGACAAUGACGUUGUUCUUUGGUUCUGUGCUAUUUGCUAUUGGAGAAUGUUGAUAUUUGAUGCUUCCGAGUUUUAAUUUCGUUAUUAAAAAUUUACAAUUUUACCAGGAUGAUAAGCGUGAGAUAUACAAGGAAUUUAUUUUUGAGAUGUUUGUGUGUAAUUUAUUUAGCAGCGUUUUUGUCGUUUUACGUACAAAUACCGGGUCUAUACGGAGACAAUGGAGUACUGCCAGCUAGAUCCGUACUGGAAAACAGUAAACAUAAAACAUUAUCAGCAAAAGUUCACUAUCAACCUACUUUGUUGUGGCUGGCACCUUAUCUAGGUCUAGAUACCAGCUAUGCUCUAGAUCUGUUAUCUCUUCUUGGAGCCUUUUUGGCAUUUACAGGAAUUAUCUCUCAGAAGUUUUGUACAAUACCACUAUUUGCAGGAUUGUGGUCUUUGUACUUUUCUCUAUUCCAAGUUGGGCAAGCGUUUGUAACAAAUUUUGAUGAACUGCUUCUAGAAACAGGAUUUUUAGCCAUUUUUGUGGCUCCACUUUUGCCAGGGCGUCGAAGGGGUUCAAAAGGAUGUCCAAAAGACCUAAUAUCAUUAUGGCUAGUCAAGUGGCUCUUAUUCCGGAUUCUGUUCAUGUCAGGUACACAGAAGUUCAUCAAUGGAGAUCCUGUAUGGUGGAACCUUAAAGGUAUAUCUCGUGUUUAUGAAGUAUUACCUUUACCUACGCCUCUGUCUUGGUAUGCAUAUGCCCUUCCUGAAUGGCAGCUGAAGCUCACACAAGUUUUCGUCAACGUCGCUGAGAUUAUUUUACCUUUCCUGUUUUUCGUACCUAUAAGAUGCGCCAGACAUUUUGCAUUCUUAGCACAGUUAUUCUUACAAAUAUGCGUUAUUGUAACUGGUAAUUUCGGAUUUGCCAACAUACUAGUGCUGGCUCUAUUAUUAGUGCUAUUGGAUGAUCAGUGUUUCUAUAAGAAGAAAUCUUCAGGCAAGUGGUCAAUAUUGGGAAAAGUAGCAUCUUUUGUGAUUAUUAUAGGUAUUAUAUAUGGAUCUAUUGUUCUCUUCAAUUUGAAAUUAAACAAUGGUCAAGUGGAGUCCAAUAUUGCAUUUACAAAGGCACAGUUCGAAAAAUAUAUUGGCCAAGGACUUAUUUAUACCAUAUAUUUUGGAUUGAUUUCCUUGGCUGUGACAGUUCUAUACGCUCUCUCGCAAAUUCUCUUUGACAACCAUGGCUCAGGAAAUAAAGUAUUAGCCAUUCUUUCAACAGUAUUUUACUCUAGUAUUGCUGUUGCUAUUUUCUUAUCAAGCACAGUACCAUUGGCAUCUUUACGCCCAGUCUCAAAUUCCACUGUAGAUCCAACCAUUCGUACUAUUUACAACAGAUUACACAAGUUACAUGUCGUUAAUCAUUAUAGCAGUCCCUUCACCACAUUUCCCGCUGGUAAUGGUAGAAGAGAAAUUGUAUUUGAGGGGGCCGAUAAAGUUGAUGGGCCCUGGAAAGAAUAUAACUUUUUAUACAAACCAGGAAACCCGAAUGCUUCAUUACCGUUUGUUGCUCCCCAUUCGCCACAGCUGGAUUGGCACUUAGCGACCGCAGCUUAUGUGAGUUACGAUCAACAGCCAUGGUUGGUGUCAUUCGCCCAUAGGAUCCUGGCUCACAAACCUGCCGUUCUUGCCCUCAUAGAUUUUAGAGAUUCGCCAUAUCGUAACGUACCACCCAAAUAUCUUAGAGCUCUUGUAUAUAAAUAUCAAUAUACAGGUUGGAAUCAAAGGAGUCAGAGAGCUUGGUGGACAAGAGAAAAAAUUUCAGAAUACUUGCCAGUCGUUUCCUUGGACUCUCCCUUCCUAACUGACUACCUGAAAGCAAGAAGUCUAUUACCUUUAACUUCAAAAGGUAACGUGAAUCCUCUAUGGACACAAGCCUUAGAUUUUAUCAGAUAUAUCGUUAACCAUUUGGAAGCAACAUUAUUGUUCUGGUCAGUAGUUUCUGCUGGCUUUGCCGUCAUUUGUACGACUUCAUCAGUUUCUCACGGCAAGAAAUAAAGCAAUGUUUGGUUAUGAGUGUACAUGUGUGGUCUGGAUGUACAGAACUGAAAUACUAUUUUACAUCAGAUUUUUCUUUCAGUCACAAAAUACAUGGAUUACAUACAAAUUUGCAGAAAUGAUGAUCAGUUAUGUUAUAUCAUUGUUUCUUGUAUUAAAUCUGCGAAUUUAAACAUGUGUUUUGUUACUGAAAAACUACUCGUAUCUUAUCUAUAUUUUUAAUUAUGUGUUUUUUUCUUUUGAAAUAUUGCUUCCUAAUAAAAAUGUUUUAGAUGAUGAGUUUUCUUGUGGACUCAUUAUACUUCAAUGUUCACAUAAUUAUAACGUCACCGAAGUUUGUGAAAUAGCAUGCUAACAUGAACAGUAAUUACUAAUUCUGUCGUUAGUAAACUAAUUUUUGAGUUUUCUUUGAGAUACAUUAUUAAUGUUUCAUGAAUCCGUUGCACGUCAGUAGAUUUCAAGUUGUCAUUAUCGUACAGCAUUGUCAUAUUGUCGGAAUGGUAGAGAAUGUAAAGAAUUAGGAAAUACUAAGAAUGUGAGGUUAUUCUUUUUAAUUCAUUUAUUCAGAGAACCAGAAGUUGCAUCGAUAAAAACUAACCAAGAAUUUAUAUUAUUAUAGAUAAUAUAAUAAUAUAAAUAUACCAGCAUACCACUAUAGAUACGUCAAAUAUUACGUCGGUUAAUAAGUUCCGGACCUAAUUAUUAAAACAACAUUUUUCCAAAAAAUAUUUUCUAUUCAUGUGGCAAUAGAAUCAUUCCAAUGCUUUUUUAAUUUUCCGAUGGCGCCCUUGGAAAACGGGUUAUCUUUGCCUUCAAAAUAGGCUUUAGUUUCAGUGAUUACUUCCUCAUCAGAGCGAUAUUAGCCACGGAGCAUUUUUUUAGAUCGGAAAAAAGGUCCGCUCAGAUGAUGGCUGAUUGAUUCCGGAGUGAAGUGAUGGAUCCAUGUGUUAUCCAUUGUGAUAUGCCGAUAGAAAAACUCCGACUUAUUCCAAUUUAACAUUUCCAAACAGCCCCGAGACUCAUAAAUUCUUUGUUGUUUGCCCUGGUGUAAGCAAGCGCGGCGCCCAUUUGAAAAACAGCUUUCUCACACUCCAAUGUUCGUGUGUAAUCGUGAAAACCCUACCAUUUGAUAACUUUAGAGUGUUUGCUAUCUCUUGCAAUUUCACUUUGCAUACUUUUCAGCAUUUUUUUGAUAUCUUCGGGAAUAACUGCCUCAUUUGGCCUUCCAGACCUCAGCAUCAUCUGUCAUGGAUUAGUUCUGUUGAUAUUGUGAACAAUAUUAGCUUAAACCCAUAAGAAUAGUUGGUUGUACUGUGACGAAGCAGAAAUCCCAUUGAUGACGUGCAACGGGCUUAAGAGGAAAAAUGUAUGUAUUCUCUUUAAUAUAAUAUCGGUUGGCAAUACUGAUUAAUAUUCAUGACACAAAUAACGGAUACAUAACAGUGGAUGUUUGUAAUCUUUUAAAAAAUGCUACUUUCUGUCGACGGACGGAUAGAUUUGCUUCACAUAUAUCUUUAUUUUUAUUAUUUAAAAUGCCAACAUCAUAUCAAGUAUGGCUAAGCAAUAGAACUGUUGGAAAAGCAAAAUUUAUACUGUGUAAAUCUCAGUUCUGUACUUUAUUUGCACUGUUUAAUGAUAUAGAGGAGUUUAUAAAAUUUUAUAUGUCUUAGAAUACGUAGAAUCUAUCAGUGUCGUGUGUGAGUGUUAAGAGGAUUCUGACUGGAGGUCUUUACUCAGUAAAAUUAAUACAGAUUUUAAAUAUUUAGAUUGUUGUCGAAAUAUUUAAAAGCGAAUUACAUAUUACUAUUUAUAUAUUUUUUACUUCGGUUAUAGAUAUGAUUUUGGAAAUUUGUUUUUUGAUUGUCUAUCUACAAGUGUUGAGGAAAGUAAUGUUGUUAUUGUAUCUUUGCUCGACCACUGUAGUAAACAACAAACAAAAUUUAACAUAUUUUCAAAAUUAUGUAUCCUUUUGAAUAAAAGUUUAAUUGUAAAUAUACAGUUUUUAAUUAGUUCUCGACUACAGUACAACUUUCAUGUUUUUUUAUAUUAUUUGUUUUUAUUACUAAUAUGCAUUUUUUGUCAUCUUAAAUCUUUGUAAGCAUUUAUUUUGUUAAAAUCAAGAUAUUUUUUAUAUUAUUUCGUAAAAAUAAUAAAGUACAGCACGUCAAA